UUUUUACAUCCUGCAGCUGAAGAUCAGCUGCAGGAUGUAAAAAUAACAGAUGCUGAUGAUCAGAAGUGGCUGGUUUCAGUUUCAGCUGUUUGGUUGUUUCAGUUUAACAGAUUCCUGCACAAACAUUAGCAGUGAAAUGUGAAAAAUGAAGAGAAGUGUGCAGAUGAGCUGAGUCUGUCUGUGUUUUUGGCUCUUUCAGGGAUAAACAUGCAGAUUGAAGCAGAGCAGCAGAGCUUCUUUCUGCUCUGAGUGUUUGAACCUGAAGACCCGCUACAGGUUUAAUGCUGGGCUGGUUUCUGCAGCAGAUUCAUGUUUUUCACCGUUUGUCUGCAGAAAAGUAGAAAGAGCUGCUGCUUUCCUCUGAUCUGAUGUCUGAAUGUUUUUGGAGUCUGGUUGUGGUUUGAAGCAGAUAAAUGUGGAUUCUGGAUCUCUUUGUGUGUUUCUGGAAUAAAAGCUGAGAGUUUGGCUGAUUUGGAAGCUGCAGACAUGAAACAGUUCCAUAAAUGAUUUGAAGUGAUCAUCAGGAGUCAGAACAUCGUGUCUCUGAUUCACCGUCAGCCUUCAGAUGUUUUAACCUCCAGAGAUGAAGCAGCUGCUGGACAGAAAACAUCUGAGUUCAGAGAAGAUGCUUCAUGAAAGCUUUAAAGGAACAGACUCUACCUCACCACCGUGUCUUCAGCAGCAGGAUGACUCUAGCAGCGUACAGAGAGAAGAUGCGAGAGCUCCCCCUGGUGUCCCUCUUCUGCUCCUGCAUCCUCCCCCAAAAUCCAGAGCCGCCGGCCGAGCAGAAGGAAGCAGCCGGCGUGGUGGACCUGAACCUGUGCAAUAUCCGAGACAUGGAGGUGAUCGAGCUGAGCAAGCGUGCCAGCGGCCAGGCCUUCGAGGUCAUCCUGAAGCCGCCCACCUUCGACGGAGGCCCCGAGCUGAGGGCCACAACGCCGCCUCGCCAGAAACCAUCGCUGGAAGAGAUCCAGAAGAAGCUGGACGCCGCUCAGGAGAGGAGGAAGUGUCAGGAGGCCGAGUUGCUGAAGCAUCUGGCCGAGCGGAGGGAACACGAGCGGGAAGUCGCUCAGAAAGCUUUGACCAAAGAGCGCCAGGAGCACCGUGCUGACGCCCACAAGGAACAGCGACUGAUGCACCUGAACGCAUCACAGGAGAAGCUGCAGGAGGAGGAGAAGCACAGCGUGGAGGUGUCUUGAUGGCCUGAUCACAACACAAGCUGAACCUUAUUUGGAAGCCAUUUUGAGGCUGGUUGAUGAACCCGGCGCUGCUCCGACUGACAGGAAGUGACUCUGAACAGAGAAGAAGAAGAUGAGGAGGACUUAGGGCGAGUCAGAGCGCUCCACCUCCUCGGUUCCAUCCGGACUCUUUUUACCGAGACGAACUCUUAACAUGGAGAAAUGGAGCUGCAGAUUCAGUCGUCAUCAGAUGACUUUUAUGUGCUUCGUUGCCAUGCCGACAGUGUGUUCAUGUGUGUGUGUGUGUGUGUGUGUGUGUGUGAUUGUGUUUUUAUCAACCAAACAUGGACAGCAGCUGGACCCACACCGCUACGGAAACUUCACACAAACCGAGUCCAGAAAAUACAUGACAAACGGCAGGCUGGACUGUCUGGACCUGAAGGGACUUGGCUGGGACUCGGUGGGGACUCGGUGGGGACUCGGUGGGACUCAGUGACCUGGAUUUAUAGUUAAUCUGAGUCCAACAGCUCCAUCUGCUGGACAGUUUGAGUCAUUACAGGAACAUGCAGCUCUUUAGAGACAUCUAGUGGCAGCUGGAGGUGCAACACAAGCAGCAAACAGGGCUGAAGUCACAAGACGAGUCCAAGUUAAAAACAAGUCUAGACCAACAGCAGGCGACAAACAAAUCAGCUGUUCUUGGUGUUUUAGACGAGUUAAUGUCUGAGAACGAGACGACUCGAGUUAAAGCCGGAGUCGAGUCUGAGACAAAACACCAUCAAGACGAGUCCGAGUUAGAGCACCGACUAGAUUCCAAACAAGUCCAAACUACUCAACUACAUGAGCUUAAUUCAAAGCAAAGACUGAGGCAGAUCUGAAAACCACAAAUAUAAGACGGGUCCAAGUCAGAAACAGGUUCAAGUCCAAGUCAAAACACCAACAAGAUGAGUCCAAGUUAGAGGAUUAGAAACCAAAACAAGUCCAGUCUGAGCUACUAAUGAACAGAAGUGGAAUUCAGAGCAUCACCAAACCGAGACAAAUCUGAACAAAAGCCCCCAUGAGACGAGUCAGAGACAGGGUCGAGUCCGAGUCAGAACACAUACAAGAUGAGUCCUAGUUAGAGCCCCUCUGAGAACACUCCCCAAACUAGAACAAUUUCAAGUCCGACCAUCAGUAAAAAUAAAAACAAGAAUAGUCAGAGGCAGGGUUGAGUCCAAGUCCAAACAUCAGCAGGACAAGUCCGAGUUAGAGCACCAACAAGAACAAUCAAAGUCCGAGACAGUUUUUUCUGUCUGAGGCGAGUCAAAGCUGGGAGCGAGUCCGAAUCAACUCACCUCAGAGACAAACAAGUCCGGUCCAAAAUACUCAGAAAGACGAGUCCAAGUUAGAGAAACAGUUAUAAUUUGUGUCUGAGCAAAAAAUGACUAGUCCGAGUCAUAGACAGUGUCGAGUUGGAGUCAAAACACCUUCGAGACCCAACAACCACCAAACCAGGAUCAGUCUUAGAACCAAAACGACCAAGACAGGUUAAAGCAUGAACAAGAAUUUGGUCUAAACAAGUCUCCUUGACAAUUACUGAGAGCCACAUAAAGUAUAGACGAGACGAGUAGAAACUGAAACACUCAGACGAGUCCAAGUCAAAACCCCGAGACGUCGGACGAGUCUCACAACUAGUGACCAAGUCCAGUGAAAACCACACAGAUAAAGCCAAGUCAGAACACAGAAAGUCAAAAACGAGUGUUGGGUUGAACAAAGACGAGUCCCAAGAGAGGUAAACGUCUGAAACCACCAAAAUGAAAUAAAACAGCAACAACAUGAAACACAAACAGCCCAGCUUUCAUUUCUCAGUUUCUGUGUCUGAAUAUCAACCGUUAGCUAAUGUUAGCAUAGCUACCACUCAUGCUAGCAUCUGGAGUUGUGUUUCCGUGUUUCCUUCAUGCGUGACCUGGUUGAAGCUGCAUGUUUGUUCCUGAACGACCCAUUGGCUGUGCUAACAAACAGCUAGCUAGCUCCUGCGGCUAACAUUAGUGUGAAUGAGUGUUUACAGCUGCUUGUACAGUAAAAUUACGAUGACGAUGUACAGAAAUCACAUUAUAUUUUAAAUCCAACAAUAAAACAAACACACUUUA